GUUUCGUUUCAAGUGGCGUGGACCAGAGAGGUCAAGUGGAAUUAACCCUUCUGCCCCCAAACUGCAGACCUGUCCCACGCCCCACCGUCUACUUUUAGGGUGCUUUUGACCUCCCUCACUACAGCCUGUUGUGGGGCUUCUUCUGACAAUUUUUCCAAGGCGGAGAGCUGGUACCAAAAGACUGGAGAAGGAUCUUGGUAUUAAAGGGGGCUUGGUGGGUGGUCAGUAAGAUGGGGUCUCCAACCACGGACAGCUCUGGAAAGAGUCUGCAGUAUCAAGUGGAUCAUCUGUUGAGCGCUGUGGAGAAUGAGUUACAGGCUGGCAGAGAAAAGGGGGAUCCUACCGAGAGGGAGCUGCGAGUCACUCUAGAGGACAGCGAACUGUGGUUGCGCUUCAAAGAACUCACCAAUGAGAUGAUUGUCACCAAAAAUGGCAGGCGAAUGUUCCCCGUGUUGAAGGCCAGCGUCUCCGGGCUCGACCCCAACGCCAUGUACUCCUUCCUGCUGGAUUUUGUGGCUGCAGACAAUCACCGCUGGAAGUACGUCAACGGCGAAUGGGUGCCGGGCGGCAAACCUGAGCCGCAGGCCCCGAGCUGCGUCUACAUCCACCCGGAUUCGCCCAACUUCGGCGCCCAUUGGAUGAAGGCGCCCGUGUCCUUCAGCAAGGUCAAGCUCACCAAUAAGCUCAACGGGGGAGGCCAGAUCAUGUUGAACUCCUUGCACAAGUAUGAGCCUAGGAUUCACAUAGUGAGAGUUGGUGGCCCUCAGCGAAUGAUCACCAGCCAUUCCUUCCCAGAGACACAGUUUAUAGCUGUGACCGCUUACCAGAACGAAGAGAUAACAGCAUUAAAGAUAAAAUAUAACCCCUUUGCAAAAGCUUUCCUUGAUGCAAAAGAAAGAAGUGAUCACAAAGACAUGAUGGAUGAAAUGGGAGACAGUCAGCAAUCACAAUAUUCACAAUUAGGCGGUUGGCUAAUUCCUGGAACAGGGACUCUUUGUCCUCCUGCCAGUCCUCAUUCCCAAUUUGGCACAUCUCUGUCACUUUCUCCUGCUCACAGUUGUGAAAGGUAUCCAUCGUUAAGAAAUCACCGUCCUGCCCCUUAUCCAAAUCCAUACACCCAUAGAACCAAUUCUCCAACAGCCUAUGGAGACAGUUCUUCAGCGUGCCUUUCUAUGCUCCAAAGCCAUGACAAUUGGUCCAGCUUAGGAGUCCCAGCUCCAACAAGUAUGUUGCCUAUGAAUCACAGUAGCGGUCCUCCAACCAGCUCCAGCCAAUAUCCCAACUUGUGGUCCGUGAGCAACAGCACCAUCUCACCCGUUUCACAGUCAGGCGGGAUGUCCAGUGGGAUAGGAUCCCAGUUUUUGCGAGGCUCUACAACCCACUACCCCACACUUCCUCAUUCCGUCGCUACGACUUCUUCGGGCUCUCCCCUCUAUGACAAUGGAGCAUCCACAGAUAUUGCUGACAAUCAGUAUGAUGCCUCAGUGCAUGCUAGACUUGCCUCCACAUGGACUCCCGUCACGACUCCUUCUAUGUAGGAGACUCCUUCUCCUUUUCCGAUGGCCAAAGACUUUCUAGUUGCUAUAAACUGGGAAUCCGCUGAGAAAGUUCCAGGAGUUAGAGGAAUAAGUCUUGACGUAUGUUAACGGUAAAGUAACUGCACUAAUCGCUUGAUGCUCCUUUCAGUAUUAGAAUGUAUUAGUAAAUGGUACAGACACCUUAUGGAAGCUGUAGGAAUUUGUCUGGUGGUCCAGACCCCAAAGGACAUGGCUACCGCCUUCUUUUCUACCUCUGCAGCCUUGAGGGCUAGAAUUGUUACCAAGCCUCUAUUAAUGAGUGUUCAAAGCAUCACAAACAGAUCCUCUAAUGAGCCGUUCUUGACAUUUUUUUUUUAAAAAAAAUUCAAACUUUGGUAGAAGUCAGCUUUGCCAACAUCACAUUAGGGAUCUCGUGAUUAUUUUUUUUUGUUCUGUUCUGUUCAGUUUUCUUUAAAAAAAAAAACAGUAUUAAGGGCCGAUUUCUACCACAUAUCAUACUUGACAGGUUUUCAUUGAUGAAUGUAUAAAUUGCUUCCGUUGAAAAAUAUGAUGUGCAUAUUUUUGUUUUAUUUGAUUUUUGCUGGCAGUUUCAGAAAUAUAACUGUGACUUGCAUUUUUAUUCCUUGAAGGCUGAGAUUAUGCAUACACUUUCCCUAAGCAAUACUUUAAUUUCCCAAUUAAAGGAAUGGACAAUCAGUGGCUCCAAGCCUGGUUUUGGGGCCCCAAAGUUUGUUUUCAUCAGUGUUGCUAAAAAUCAACAGCAUGGUUUACUAGGAUUCUGAGUAAGAAAACACACUCAAAUUGAAAUUUUAGCCCCAUAACAUGCCUAACCUAGUUUAACAACCAAAGGCAAUCAAUCAUCCAAUAUCUUCCAGCAAUUUCCUUUCAGCCACUUACUUAUGAAUGCCCCAGCUGGGGCAGUUCAUUACCUCUUCUUUGAUCAGGUAGUGGCAAUGUUGAAAUUCAAAAAUUUUCCCUACCGGUUCUGUGGAUGUGGCUUGGUGGGCGUGGCUUGGUGGUCAUGUGAGGUGGGCGUGCUUGGUCAUGUGACUGGGUGGGUGUGGCUUGGUCAUGUGACCAGGAAAACCAACUAUCACACUUUACACAAAAAUAACAAAAGCUACACAACUGACUCAUGCACAAUGCAAAAGCAGCUGGACUUCACACAAAAUGGCCCCUGCAACAAUCAGGAACCUCACAGAGUGAUACAGAGCUCAAAAACAAACUAUCACACUUCACACAAAAAUACCAGUUCGGGCAAUCGGUAGUAAAAAAAUGCUUUAAAAAGUAAAAAAAAAAAGUUCUGACGAUUGUGCCACAUAGCUGAUUAUCACAGCUGAUCGUCGGAACCUUUUUUUUUCUUUUUUAAAGUAUUUUUUAACUAUCUAUUCGCCUGAACCAGUAGUAAAAAAAUGUUUAAACAAAGUAAAAAAAAAAGUUUCGACGAUCAACUUUUUUUUUACUUUUUAAAGCAUUUUUUUACUACUGGUUUUGGCAAACUAGUAGCAUUUUUACUACCGGUUCUGGCGAACUGGCCUGAACUGGUAGCAUUUCACCCCUGGGCUAGGGAGUUAAAGAGCAAAAUGAGUGCGGUAUGCCUCAGAAAUUGAAGCAACCACUUCAUCCUUAAAAAAAUGAACAGCCCUAAUUAUCAGAGCUUGGUUUUGUUGUUUUCUCUGUUAGGGAUUGUCAGGGGAAAAGCAAAUACAUAAAGCCAUGAAUUUCUGCUCCAAACUUUGCCAUAACAAUGAAUACUGGCUGUGACAUCACUGGUACAUCCUUUUCUUCCCUCUAAGACAGAGGUGCUAUUCAGCAGGUUCUGACAGAUUCUGGAGAACUGGUAGCGGAAAUUUUGAGUAGUUCAGAGAACCAGCAAAUACCACCUCUGGCUGGCCCCAGAGUGGGGUGGGAAUGGAGAUUCCCACCCCACUCUGCCACGCCCAUCCUUCCCCUGCCACGCCCACCAAGCCACCAAGCCACGCCCACAGAACCGGUAGUAAAAAAAUAUUGAAUUCCACCACUGCUCUAAGAGUACACAUUUUUAAAAACAAAGUUGUGUACUCCCCCCCCCCCAAGGGCGCUAUCUGCUUAACUUGGAAGGUCAAAAAUUGGCUGUCUCACAUGGUGUGCUGUAUAUUGACCUAAAUGCCAAUUCUUUUAAAAUAUCUCUAUAUAAUUAGCCUUAAAGAACAGUUAAAAAUUAUGCACUAAUAAAAUAUGUGCCUUAAACUUCACAGUUUACAGAUUUAGGCACAACUCUGUGCUUAUUUCAUUGUGCUAACUUGACAUGACAAUCUAAAAAGUUUUUUUCUGUAAAACAAAUGAAGUUUUCAAAAUAUUAACUAUUUUUUUCUUAAUGUGUGUCUAUAUAAAGUUUUAUUCUUGUACAGUGCAAUUGUGCGUUGAGUGAAAAUAAGUUUGAUUGUGUUUUGUGAGACUUACUCCCAGUAAGGAUUGUAGCCUUAUUAUUAAUUCAGUGUGCUUGUAUAGAUAACUCUUUUGCCAUAUUUACAUAUUGUAGAAGCCUUUGCCAACAUGCCAGUUUGAAGUAAUAUUAUUUCUUUCUGUAAGCAAAUGGAGGAACUAUCAAAAUGCAUUUAUUUCCUUGCUGUUAUGCACAGAACCACAUGGAGCUUGUGGUUUUCCUGUGUGUAGGAAGCUGUCAUGUGUGAAGCCUUCUUUGAUUAGUGGUUUGUAAAUACUGUCACUCAAAGGACUGUUACAUAAUAAAAUAUAUUUUUAAAGACAUUUGAUUUUAAUAAGCUUGAAGCCUAGUCAUAAGUAGGAAGUGCACAUUUGUUUUUCCCCCCUAAUUUAUUUUAGCAGUGACCUUCAACGUUAUAUUUAUUUGUUAGCAAAUGCCUUUACAUAUGUGUAUAUGCUCUGUUUGCUGUAGAAUGUAAGAUUAUCAUCUAGGGACCUGUUUGUAGGAACAAAAUUCUUGACUGUCAAAAUGAUAUUUAAGGUUGGCACAGUGGUGAAAUGCAAAUUUUUUUACUACUGGUUCUGUGGGGUUGGCUUGGUGGGCGUGGUGUGGCUGGUGGGCGUGGUGUGGCUUGGUGGGCAUGGCAGGUGAAGGAUACUGCAAAUUCUCCAUUCCCUCCCUACUCCUGGAGGAAGGAUAUUGCAAAAUCUCCAUUCCCACCCCACUCGGGGGCCAGCCAGACGUGGUAUUUGCCGGUUCUCUGAACUGCUCAAAAUGUCCACUACCGGUUCUCCAGAACCUGUCAGAAGCUGCUGGAUUUCACCCCUGGGUUGGUAUCCUCAGAAGUCAGAGAUCAAGCUCCAGAUUAGGCUGAGGUGAUCAUGAUGAAAGAGUUUAGUACUUACAAACCAGUAGUAGCAAAACCAUUGCCAAAAUUAUUGCCUUUUCUUGAUAUGUCCCUUUUCAAUAUGUAAAUAAACUCUUUUGUUUUAUUGUGCAA